AUGGCAGGCAAUCUGGGCGAUUCCCCUUUGGGGCGGGAUGUCUACGUCCGCACAACACCAUUCAGCAACAAGCGCCUUUUAGAACCGCCUCGAGUUCACAUCCCUCCCCCAGCGCUGAACUGGGAAAAUCGACAUCACACAGCGACUCUGAGCGUAGAACGACGGCACUUUGAACACACCACAAACAGCUACGGGGAUCCGUCAUUUUUAAAUUCCUUGAACGAGUUACAAAUGCUAGUCAUGGAGCACAAGAUGCAUUCUUGGACCUACGAAAUGCGCAGACUGGCGCAUAGCAUCUUGCCAUAUCUUUUCUUGGGACCUGUUAGCGCUGCCAAAGACCCUGAUUUCAUUAGGAGAGCUGGAAUUACUUUGGUGAUCGCCACACGAAGCAGUGCUGCAGUCAAAACAAGACCCAACUUCCUCCAUCCAAACACGCUGCCCGCAGUGGCAGGCCUUGAAACGAUGACCUGCGAUUUCGAAGCUUCGUACGACUUGUUUCCGAAGCUGCGCCCAACAAUUAAAGCCAUGAACGACCAUCUGCAAGCCAGCUGUGACAGAAUGCCAAUUCAAGCGGCAUCCGAUAUUCGCGGCAGGAUUCUUGUCUAUUGUGAGUCUGGAAACGGGAGGUCAGCGAAUCUGAUUGCGGCGUACUUGAUUGCAGUGUUUGGAGUAAGUGCUAUCUCAGCACUCCAUAUCAUCCAGUCCCAACGUUUCUGCAUUGCUCCUGAUGAUGCAGCUAAACAAAUGUUGGUGAACUUCGAACGGAUUGUUGAGGCAGAGCGCCAAGUUUCUAGAGUGAACGCUGCUAGUACCGCCGAAUCGCGAAGUCGCCAACAAGAAAACAACACAAAUUCUGCGGCGAGGCCUGCGAAACGAGGCAUCAAUGAGCUCGACGACAUGGACAUUAACAUGGAUGAGUUAGACGGGGUGGAAACAAUGACAAGACAGGGCAUCGCCCCAUAUGCAGAUUCAAUGAAUUGA